AAAAAAACAUAGUGUGCUGUAGUAUACUUUGAGCUGCUGGUGGAUCUAUAAGGUUUAUUCCCUCGGUGAUGUGACCGCCCCCCCCGAUAAGGAUCAUGAGCGACAACGACAUCCUCGAGAUGGAGUCCUUAUCUGACGCGGAAUAUUUGGAGGGAGAUACAGAGUUGGGCAUGAUAGACGAAGGAGUCGUUUACCCUGAGGAGUUUUUACCAACAUAUCACUCUAUUAAAGAAGGAUCAAAGGUAGCCAAAGCACAACUGACAGAGUUCAAUGACAAUCCGGACUCUUUAUUCUUCAACGAUGGUUUGAGGCGGAUUGACUUCAUCCUCGUCUACGAAGAUGAAGACAAGAAGGACUUUGAGAAGAGGCACACAUACGCAAGGCGCAAGAGACGGCGAGAGUACUUUGAAGCCAGCCUGAUGAAGAUGGGAAUGGAGUUGGAGGCAACAAGAUCUGUAGUUGAUGAAAAACUGAUGUUCGUCAAGGUCCACAUGCCGUGGGACGUGUUGUGCACCUACGCCGAGGUCCUGCACAUCAAGCUUCCUAUCCAGCCCAAUGACCUGUCCUCUCGCCCAUCUCCAUGGCGCCAUAUUUCCUUCAUCACUAAGCACUUCUACCCCAACGAGGACCUGAUCACCAAGGAGACUGACUUCUUCACAGCCCCCUUUGAGAAAGACCGCCUAGAGUACUUCUACAUCAAGGACAAGGACCUCUUCUUCACUCCUGCCAUGAGGAGCAGGAUGGCUUAUUACAUCCUGAGCCGUGCCCCAUAUGAAAUACGUGGGAAUAUUAAGAAGUUUGGUAUCACAAAACUGCUGGAUGGUUCUGUGUACAAAGCUGCCUACCCUCUCCAUGACUGCAGGUUCAAUGUCAAGUCCAAUGAAGAGGACUGCCCCAAUGAGAGAUUCCUCCUCUAUAAUGAAUGGGCUCAUCCCAAAAGCUUCUACAAGAUGCAACCACUUGACCUAAUAAGGAAGUAUUAUGGAGAGAAGAUUGGCAUUUACUUUGCCUGGUUGGGUUUCUACACAUUAAUGCUCAGUCUGGCUGCUGUUGUGGGAUUGGGUUGUUUCAUUUAUGGGUACAAAACUCAAGAAACCAGCACUUGGAGCAAAGAAGUGUGCAACCCUGAGAUCGGAGGAAAAAUUGUGAUGUGUCCGCAAUGUGACAGGGAAUGCAAAUACUGGAGGUUAAACAGUACCUGUGAAGCUUCAAAGAAACUGUGCAUAUUUGAUAACUAUGGAACCCUGGUGUUUGCAGUUUUUAUGUCAAUCUGGGUAACUUUGUUCCUGGAGUUUUGGAAACGCUACCAGGCGGAGCUUGAGUAUGAGUGGGACACCGUGGAGUUUUUGGAGCAGGAAGAGCCACCCCGUCCUGAAUAUGAAGCCAAGUGCAUCUACGAGAGGAAAAACCCCGUCACAGGGGUGAAGGAAAAUGUGCCAUACACAAAAUGUGGACGAUGUGUUCGGGUGUCAGUAGGAAUUGGAACAGUUUUAUUCUGGAUACUGUUGAUUGUGGCAUCCAUUGUGGCCAUCACUGUGUACCGCCUGGCUGCCUUCUUUGCCUUCUCAGCGAGACUCAGAGCUCAGGAGCUGCAGCCGUUAAAGGAGUAUGUGACGCCUCAGAUGGCCACCUCUGUCACAGCCUCCCUGAUAAGCUUUGUUGUCAUCAUGAUCCUCAAUGUUCUCUAUGAGCGGGUCGCCAUCUGGAUCACUGACUUUGAGCUUCCAAGGACGAAGACAGACUAUGAGAACAGCUUGACCCUGAAGAUGUUCCUCUUUCAGUUUGUCAACUAUUACUCCUCUUGUUUCUACAUCGCAUUCGCCAAAGGGAAAGCAGUUGGCUAUCCAGGAGAGCCUGUUUAUCUCUUGGGAAAAUACCGAAACGAGGAGUGUGAUCCUGGUGGUUGUCUGAUUGAGCUGACAACUCAACUCUCUAUCAUAAUGGGUGGAAAAGCCAUCUGGAAUAACUUCCAAGAGGUCUUGCUACCCUGGGUGAAGAAUUUAAUUUUCCGCUAUUGCACCCAUGUGGCCUCACAGAAAGUGAUUCCUCGUUGGGAGCAGGACUACGAGCUCCAGCCAAUGUCCAAACUAGGACUGUUCUAUGAAUAUCUUGAGAUGGUCAUCCAGUUUGGCUUUGUGACCCUGUUUGUGGCCUCCUUCCCUCUGGCUCCGGUCCUGGCUCUGGUCAAUAACGUGUUUGAGAUUCGGGUUGAUGCUUGGAAAAUGACCACUCAGUUUCGCCGCAUAAUGCCAGAGAAGGCCCAGCAUAUAGGGGCUUGGCAGCCAAUUCUUCAAGGAAUUGCCAUCUUGGCUGUUGCAACAAAUGCCAUGAUCAUUGCUUUUACAUCAGACAUGAUUCCACGGCUGGUGUACUACUGGUCUUUCUCUGUGUACCCGUAUGGAGAUCAUGCUAGUAACACUAUGGAGGGAUACAUCAACAGCUCACUAUCUACAUUCAACACCAGCGAUUUCUCCGAACAGAGCAGACCCAUGAACGCAUCAGACAGCAUCACCACCUGCAGGUAUCGAGAUUUUCGGUAUCCUCCAGGACACCCCAGGCAGUAUGAGUUCACUAUGUACUACUGGCAUGUGAUUGCUGCCAAAAUGGCUUUUAUAAUUGUUGUAGAGCACAUUGUUUACCUUACCAAGUUCAUCCUUGCCUAUGUGAUCCCAGACGUCCCAUACGCAGUCAGAGAACAAAUGAAACGGGAGAAAUACUUGACUCAGGUUAUCCUCCAUGAGACCAACCUCAAGCUGGUGACCAAACGUUUGAAACCAGUUGAUGACGAGACCUUCAAGCACAUAGAGGAGACAGUGUCAAAGGACAUAGAGCUUGAUUUCUGACAGUAGACAAAUACAGAAAGGCUCUUGUGAAGUUCUGAAAAUGUACGAAGAAAAAAUGAUGCUCACUUCUGAACAUCUGGUUUAAUAUGGACCAACACCUUGUGAACAAGUGAUAAAAUUAAGAAUGUAGCAACCAGUAAGAAAAAAAGGCCUAAAGUCUAGUUCAGACCAAAGAUUCACAAGAAGAAGAUUGCAGGGAAAGGUUGUAGCAGUGUGAACCUGCCUGUCUCAGCAUGAUGGAAGAUGGGCUGAUGGCAUCACCUGCGACUCAACUUGUCAAGUUGCCAGUGGCUGGCUUUAGAUAAUAAUAGUCAGGAUGUCUGAAGGAGACGGUGUUGAAACUAGGGGUGGGACUAACUAUCCAAACAGGACUACAUUAUAGUUUUUGUGAUACAACUCAUUGGCAAAGGGUAUUUCUGUUUUGGUGUUAAGGUUUGAGUUUGAUGUCAUUUU